AUGGCGAGUUACCAAGAUUCCCUCAACUUGACCAUAGUCCCUUACGGGGUAAACGUCCGUCAAGCUCAUAAGAAGUCCCGUGCGGGCUGCUAUACAUGCAAGCUCCGGCAUGUCAAGUGCGGAGAAGAGAAGCCUCGAUGCUCCAACUGCGUGUCCAAGGGAAAAGACUGUCAAUACCCAGCGUCCAUUAAAAGACGGAUCAAGAAGCAAGAUAAAGCCAGGGGUAUCAAGCGUGUAUCGCCAGAGCCGACGACCGAAAUAUCCAUGGUUUCCGCAUCAUUCACCCUGCACGACUUGCGGUUAUUCCACCAUUUUCUCUGCUUCGCGUACCCGCCUCUGCCUCUAACCAAGAAGUCGGUUUGGACGCAAGACAUACCUCAACUCAGUCUUCACUCAGAGCAUCUGAUGAAUGCUUUAUUGGCUCUGGCUGCCUCGCAUAUGGAAACGUUGACCGGCGUCGAUCAUGAUAAGUGCACUGCACUGUUGCACAAGGGCCGUGCAAUCUCUGGACUCAAGGAUGAAUUCGCCAAAUCCCAUCACUCGGCAACCGAGUAUGAUGUGAUGCUGGCAACUUGCUACGCUUUGGCCUUUCAGUCUGCGCUUCUGCCUGGAUCGGCGGUCGACUUUACAACCUUCAUACGAGGCUGUGCUCUCAUUACACGUCGUAUUCAAGCUGAAGGGCAACAGUCGGUCUUCGACUUUUCGCGCAAUUUGAAUCGAGGACCAAUCCGACGCACAGUCUUACUCAGAAUCGGUGCCGCAAGUCGGAUUUCUGGCUCUCGUUUUCGGCUGCUGAUAAAGAAGGGGAUGGCAUCACUUCUUGCCGUUCAUGAGUCUGUUGAACACGCAGGGACUGGCCAUAAUCUCUUUCAAGCCCUGAGCUCGACCUUUGCCGGGUUUCAAGUGUCGUUGGCGAAAGGAUAUAACCGUUUUCUCAGCUACUACGCUGUUUGGUUCAAACUUGCUGAAGCUAAAGAUAUCUUCGCCCCGGAUGCAGUAAGAGAGGCGGCGUUCUUACUCUGGGCUUUCUUUAUCGGUAUCCAGCUACUGAUCGCUAUGCUCGUGGUUGAUAUGACCAACGGUGGAAUGAAUAGGGACCGUGCAGCAGGAUUCGACCGUUCACUUGGUGUUUCAAAGAUGAUUAGAAUGACUGAAUGGCUUUGCGCAAUCGAAACAACUACACCGACUCACAUGAGGGAACACCUUACCUGGCCCAGGCUGGUCUCGAGCCAGGUACUCUUGGGACUGCAAAUGACGACGGUGUCGAAGGCCUCCGUCGAUCUCAAGGUAAACGCCCUUCGCGAUCUGGAUUUACGCUCUCACAUUGCGUUGGGAGAACUUCUGGAGCUGUCUGCAAGUCUGGCCAACUGGACUGAAGACCUUCUGGCAUCACAAAGUGGCGAUGAAGACAGCAGCGGUGAAACGGAAGGGUGGCGGAGAGCACAGACUCAGUUGGCCUUUGGGAUUCUAGAUCAGGGCGGGCAGGACACGCCGACCGACAGACGUGGCCCUGGGAUGGCCAAGCUAGGGAGAAAUGAGGUUCAGACAUCCAGGUUGCUCGCUUCGUUGAGGGUCAUCGGCGGCUCCCCGGCCCCCAUCCACCAGAUAGAGUACCAGGACGAGAUUGCCCAGCCCGAUGCAAGUCUCGAGUCAGGAAAAACAGAAAGCAAGCAAUGCAGAUCAGAAGAGCCACCACGAAGGUCAGAAAGUCUGGGCGGCUGGAUCCAAUUGAUGGCAGUUGUGUCGCCUGUAUACCUGCUCAGACCGGUUGGCACGACACGAACUCUGAGGCGAAUCCCGCUGUGGAAUUCGAUCACGGGCGGUGUUGUCCAACCUAAAUUUCUCUGCAAGUCACGGAGAGACCAGAGCAUGGCUCAAUGCGUCAAGAUCAGCAUCAGAUUGAUGGGCUUGGAUUUACCAUUAAAGGCCAAGCGGCGUGGCGGAACCACAUUCCAAAUCGCCCGAAGAGCCACGCUCUCUGUGGAGUCAACUAUUCCAUGGGUUGGGUAUAGGGCAGGUAUUCAGUCGACCACUCAGACAACCGGGGAGGGGUUGAACGUUGGUGUGAUGGGCUUGUUGUAUUGCCACACUAAGAUGAGGAGGCAAUUGACAUGGCGGCAGAGUCGACGGGGAACCGAGCAGCUCCCUAACUCGAGAUUCUCGCAAAUCAGUAAACUAAACACCGCCAACAGACCCUCAGACCUGGAUUCGCAACGGCGAAGUCAAUGCGGUAACUGGAAUUCUUGCUUUCUUGCUUCCGGUAGCGUGGCUAAAAAGCGCAACGAGGGGGUGCUGGCCAUUGAGGGUUUCGAAACGAGUCUAUGCGAUGGCGCUCCCUUCGCCGGCGUUCAGGGUCAGAAUCAACCUCUCGAGACGGGCGUGACCAGCCAGUAG